AAGGGAUUGAUAUUUGUAUGAUUUCUUGAUAAACAUAAUACUAUAAAUUGUAUGCUAACUUAACACUUGUUUUUGUUGAAUGAUAAUGGAAUGGUAACCCCGCCUGCGCUAACAUUAUAUGCUGUCAGAGCACCAGUGAGGGAUGAAAGGUCAGAAUGGAAGCAGUGGGAGGUAGGUACAUCUAUUAUCAUGCCUACGAGAUUGGAAAUACUUCGGUUGUAUAAAAAUUUGAUUCUCUAUUCAAAUUCUUUGAGGUUAACAGAUCCCAUAUAUUUCCGACGUAAGGUAUCCAAUGAAUUUAGGAAAAAUAAAUCAUUGACAAGUUCUGAAGACAUAAGUUUUGCAUAUCAGAAAGGUCUGGCACUGUUAAACCGUGGUGCUGUUGUGUAAAAUGUUUUCUUCAUCAAUACGUAUCCUACGAAGCAGUUGGCGCCUAUCAAACACACCAGUGGUCUUCAAACAUACCUUGGAUUAUUCCCGUGUGCCUAAG